GUAUGUUAAAGCAAUCUUCCAAAAAAGCUAGCACCACUGUGUGGCUGCAGCUUUAAUUCAUCACUUCUACAGUCAGCCUAAAGGCAUCUUAUUACACGGAAGAUGCCAAAGUUCAUUGCUUUCAGAGAUGCUAUAUAAACGGAGAGGGGGCUGGCUUGGCUGACUAUCCACACUCUGCAGUUUCUAUAUAAGAAAAGGUGGGGGUUGCAGCUUUGUUGCUGAGCACCUAGAUAGGACUUCCUGCAAGUUACUUCUUCAAUGCAGGCACAAGGCUCCAACACAAAGCCAGAAGGACAAGUGUCUAAGAGGCAAAGGGAUUGAAUUCUUGAGUCUGUUCACUGUACAGACUGCAUGGUUUGCAGCCAGCAUAACUUAAGGUUGGCUACUUUUAUUCCAGUCCUUUCUCUGCUGAGCUGCUCUCCACACUGAGACGUUUACCAUUGCGACUCACUCUGUCCAGGCGCAAAAGGUGUGGCGGGAGCCUCAAAAGACAAAUUGCAUCAAGUAGGAACUGAAGCUUUCACGUUUCAUCACUGUGUUUAAUAUUGGAGAACAAAGAGAUUGUGGACAAUAGGAAGAUUCCAAACCACCAAAAUGGGGCUUCGGUGGCAUGCUUUAGUUUGCUUCAUGACAACUGUUUUGGUGGAACAAUCCCAUGGUGGACUUAUUAAGAAAUUUAUUAGGCAGAAGAGAGACAUCCCGCUGCCAAAGGAAGAGAAUGUCUCAUUACCAUUUGGAACACAGCCCAUAAACUUCAACCACGUCUACAACAUCAACGUUCCCCUUGGCUCUCUUUGCUUAGUGGACUUGGAGUCCCCCGAUGGCAUCGCAAAACCCAAAGCUGACUCCAGCGAACAACACAUCGAGCACACGGCUGACGGCGAAAAUCAAAUCGUCUUCACUCACCGAAUCAACAUCCCGCGGCAGGCCUGCGGCUGCGCGGCAGGGCCAGAUAUCCGCGACCUUCUCAACAGGCUGGAGGCGCUAGAGGGCCACGUGUCAUCGCUACGGGAACAAUGCGCCAACGGGGGAUGCUGUGGAAAUGGAGCACAGCAAGGAAGGGGUCGUGUUGAUGUAAAACCUUUCUGUGGAGCACAUGGAAACUACAGUACGGACACCUGUGGCUGUUUGUGUAAACCAGGCUGGAAAGGAGAAAAUUGCACAGAACCUGAAUGCCCAGCGAACUGCAAUGACAGAGGCACAUGUAUUGAUGGCAAGUGUGUAUGUGAAGCAGGCUUCACUGGUGAAGAUUGUAGCAUUGAGGAUUCUUGCCUUAAUGACUGCAGUGAUCAAGGACGAUGUAUAAAUGGAGUCUGUCAAUGCUUUGAAGGUUACACAGGGAAGGACUGCAGCCAGGAGGUGUGUAGAUUUGACUGUGGUGAACAUGGAACCUGUCUUAAAGAAGUUUGUGUCUGUGAUGAAGGGUACGCAGGUGAAGACUGCAGAAUAAAGCUUUGUCCUAACAACUGCAGUAGCCAAGGUAUCUGUGUUGAUGGGAAGUGUGUUUGUGAUGAAGGUUUAACUGGAGAAGACUGUAGGGAGCUGGCCUGUCUUAACAACUGCUAUAACCGUGGCCACUGUGUGGAUGGAGAGUGCAUCUGUGACGAAGGUUUUACCGAUGUUGACUGCUCAGAAAUUAUUUGCCCCAAUGACUGCUACGACCGUGGACGAUGUAUCGAAGGUGUAUGUCACUGUGAUGAAGGAUUCACGGGUGAAGAUUGUGGAGAACUUGUCUGCCUAAACAACUGCAGCAACAAUGGUCUUUGUGUCAAUGGCCAAUGCGUGUGCAACGAGGGCUACACGGGAGAGGAUUGUAAUGAGUGGGCCUGUCCGAACAACUGCAACAAUCGUGGCGUCUGUGUCGAUGGACAGUGCAUCUGCCAUGAAGGCUUUACUGGUGAAGACUGUGGGGAACUGGCUUGUCCAAACAAUUGCCACAACCGUGGCAGCUGCGUUAACGGGCAGUGUAUCUGUGAUCACGGCUUCACCGGCGAGGACUGCAUCGAGCUGUCCUGUCCAAACAACUGCAACAACCGUGGCCGGUGUGUCAGUGGGCAGUGCAUCUGUGAGGAGAGCUACACAGGAGAAGACUGCAGUGAGCUGGCUUGUCCCAAUGAGUGUUACGAUCGUGGGCAAUGUGUUGAUGGCCAGUGCAUCUGUGAGGAAGGUUUCACCGGAGAAGACUGCGGACAACUGGCCUGUCCAAAUGACUGCAACAACCAGGGCCGCUGUGUCAAUGGUCAGUGUGUCUGUGAUCACGGGUUCAUCGGAGAGGACUGCAGCGAGCUGGCCUGUCCAAACAACUGCAACAACCGUGGCCAGUGUGUCAGUGGUCGGUGCGUCUGUGAUUCUGAUUACAGAGGAGUAGAUUGCGGAGAACUGGCCUGUCCCAAUAACUGUAAUGACCGAGGGCGUUGUGUUGAUGGUCAAUGCAUCUGUGAUGAAGGUUAUGUCAGUGAAGAUUGCUCCGCCGUUUCACCUCCCAAGAACCUGAAGGUAACUGAAGUGACUCCCCAAACAGUGGACGUGGAGUGGCAGAAUGAGGUUAGAGUCAACGAGUACCUCAUCACCUAUGCCCCCACUGCUCCUGGGGGUCUGCAGCUGGAAAUCCGAGUGCCUGGUGACCAGCUGUCAUCCACCAUUGAGGAAUUAGAGCCGGGGAUUGAAUACUUAAUCAACGUUUAUGCUAUCCUUAACAACGAGAGAAGCAUUCCCGUCAGUGCCAGGGUAGCAACACAUUUACCCACCCCGGAUGGCUUGAGGUUCAAGUCUAUCCGCGAGACCUCCGUAGAAGUGGAGUGGGACCCUGUAGAGAUUGCGUUUGAUGGCUGGGAGAUCCUUUUCAAAGCCCCUAAGGAGGAUAAUGGCGAGAUUUUGAAUAGCCUGAAGAGGUCAGAAGUAUCAUUUGUGCAAACCGGCCUAGCUCCAGGAGAAGAGUAUGAAGUCAGCCUUCAUGUAAUGAAGAAUAACACCCGCGGGCCGCCAGCUAAACAGAAACUGACCACAAUGAUUGAUGCACCAAGCCAAGUGGAAGUGAACAAGGUCACAGACACCACUGCUCACAUCACCUGGCACAACCCAGCUGCACACAUUGAGGGGAUCAGCCUGUUCUACGGGACUUCAGGCGGUGAGAAGGCAGCUGUCGACCUUCCUGGCAUCGAAACAACCUAUUCCAUUGCCAAGCUUCAACCAGACACCGAAUAUGAAGUGUCGCUGGUUUCCAAACGUGGGGAUAUGAGAAGUGUUCCUGCCGUCAAUACCUUCACAACAGACCUUGAUGCUCCCAAGAACCUCCGAAAUGUGUCUCAGACAGAGGACAGCAUCACCUUGGAGUGGAAGAACACCAGAGCUGCUGCCAAUAAUUACAAGGUGAAGUUUUCACCACUGGCAGGAGGUGAACAUAUGGAAACAACUGUCGAGAGAAGUACUCAAUCAACCACCACCAUUAAGAUUACUGAUCUGCUGCCAGGUACGGAAUAUGGUUUUGGAGUCAGUGCCAUUAAAGACAACAGGGAGAGUGCCCCCGCUACCAUUAACGUGGCCACAGACUUGGACAGCCCAAAAGACCUGAGAGUAACCAAGACAACAGAGAACACAAUUACUGUGGAAUGGGAACGGCCACUGGCGGUAAUUGACCGAUACUUCAUCAUCUACAUCUCGUCCUCCGGUGAGAGGAAUGAAGAAAUAGUCUCUGCAGAUGCUGUGUCGUACAUCCUGUCUGGCCUCCAACCUGCAGCUGAGUACACCAUUAUUCUUAUAGCACAGCGAGGUAAACAGAAGAGCAGUGCCUCCACCACCAGCGCCUCCACAGGCCUUGGACCACUGCGAGGUCUUAAAUUUUCUGAGGUAUCUCCCACAAGUACCUCGGUGACUUGGGAAGCUCCCUUAGCUCCUGUUGACAUGUUUGUUGUGAAUUAUAAUCCUAAAACACAUGGAGAAACACAGCAGGUUAUUGUGAAGGGAGACCAGAAUACAGUCGCUCUCACUGAUCUGAAGCCUGGCACUGAGUAUGUGGUGACGCUUAUGGCUCUUCAAGGCACAGCAAGAACAGAGCCCUUGGUUGGAUCUGUCACUACAGCGAUGUCAGAGGGGACUGUCACUCCUCAUCCGUAUGGAAGCACCACAGUCCCAGUUUCCGUGAUAUUAGAAGCUUCUGUGCCGGAGUUUUCUGGGGCUGGUGACGGUCAAAUCAGUAACCUAACUGUUUCUAAAGUGACCUCGGAUGGUAUCCACCUUGCCUGGAUGACAGAAACAGGAUUCUAUGACUAUUUUAUCAUAAAGUAUAGGAGUGAGUUUGGAUCCGAUGAUGAGGCAGAGAUCUCCAUGCCUGGUGAUGUGUUAACUUCCGAACUAAAAGGCCUAAUGCCUUCCACUCCUUAUAAAAUAACUCUUUACGGAAUUGCCGGUGGUCAACGCUCAGAGCCGCUGAAUAUUAUAGCCACCACAGAAUCCCUUGAUAACACCACUGCACAUUCUCCAAGCACAGAAAUCGCCAAGCCAGAGAACCUUGCGGUAACAAAUGUGACUUCCAACAGUUUCCAGCUAUCAUGGGCUGCCCACUCCGGAGCCUUUGAUAGUUUUCUUAUAACAGUAAAGGAUGUUAAUGGAUUGGGCAGGCCUUUGAAGAUUUCUCGCCUUGCUGGUCAACAUACAGCUGAUAUAACAGGGCUGGUACCUGGUACUGAUUACAAGAUUGAUCUAUAUGGAGUUGUUCAAGGCCAGCUGUCACAACCACUGACAGAGAUUGCGAGAACAGAAUCUGAACUUGACAACUUAAUGGUGUCAGAUGUUACCUCGGGCAGCUUCAGACUCUCCUGGACAGCUGAUGGUCCCUAUGAAAACUUUGUUAUAGAAAUUACAGACUCUGAUGGGUUACUCGAACCACUAACAUACACACUACCAGGCGAUCAGCAUUCCAUAGACAUCCCAGACCUGCCUGCUGCUACUGACUAUGAGAUUUCCAUCUAUGGUAUAAUCCAUGGUCAGCCGACAAAGCCGCUUUACACUGAAGCUCACACAGAGGCUGAACCUGAAGUGGAUCACCUAAGUGUUUCUGAAAUUACCUCAAAUGGCUUCAAACUUUCUUGGACAACAGAUGACAGUCCCUUUGAUUACUUUAAUAUUAGAGUUAGGGAUUCCAAAAAGGAACAUCUUCCUCUGGAAUACACAUUGUCAGGUGAUCUGCGAACUACUGACAUCCAAGGUCUGCAAGAUGGUACUGAGUAUGAUAUUUCUUUAGUUGGUGUUACAGAAGGACGACAAUCACAGCUAAUAAGUACCACUGCAAUUACAGGGGUGGGAGCUCCCAAAGGUCUAGAGCUUUCAGAUGUCACUGACACCACGGUGACAGUCAGCUGGGACCUUCCCAGAGCACAGGUCACCAGUUUCAAGAUCAUUUAUGAGCCUACUGAUGGAGGCGAAAGCACCACCGUGACUGUUGAUGGCAGCAAGUAUCAAACUGUACUGCACAACCUGAUCCCGGCCACUCGGUACGAAAUCAAAGUCAUCUCUGUUAAAGGGUUUGAGGAGAGUGAACCAACUUCAGGCACAGUGAGAACAGUCUUGGACAGUCCAUCGGACUUGAGGAUUCUGAAUACAACAGAGUCUAAAUCCCUGCUGUCAUGGAAACCAAGUAUUGCAGCAGUGGAUGAAUAUAUCAUCACCUACAGUGCUGAGAAUGGGUCACCAGUAACAAAGAGGGUUUCGGGAAAUCUGAUUCAGUUGGAACUCAGCAACCUUUUGCCUGGGACCCGCUACAGUGUGUUGAUCUAUGCCGUGAAAGGCUCCCUCAGAAGUUCUACCUCCGACACCUCUUUCACCACCGCCAUUGAUUCACCCAGAGACUUGAGAAUAAGCGAUAUUACAAUGAAUGAUGCCCUCAUUUCAUGGAAGCCUCCACAAGCUCGGAUCAGUGGGUACAUUCUGACAAUCGAAUCUGAAGACAGCAAAACACAAAAAGUCGAGUAUUUUGGAGCUACAAAAAGCUCAUACAGCCUAGGGCAACUGGAGCCAUCAACAAGCUACAAUGUGAGACUCCAGGCAUAUGCAGAGUCAGAAAGGAGCAACGUAAUAGAGACCGACUUCAGAACAGUUGGAUUCCUGUACCCCUUCCCCAAGGAUUGCUCUCAAACCUUGCUGAAUGGUGAGACCAGUUCUGGACUCCAAACCAUUUUCUUGAAUGGAAAUCGCUCUCAGCCGCUCCAGGUGUACUGUGACAUGACCACUGAUGGAGGGGGCUGGAUGGUGUUUCAGAGGCGUGAGAAUGGCCAAGUGGAUUUCUUCAGGAACUGGAAGAACUACACUGCUGGAUUUGGUAAUCCUUCAGGCGAGUUCUGGUUGGGCCUUGAGAACCUGCACAAGAUUACAUCAGAGGGACGUUAUCAACUCCGUGUAGAUCUCCAGGAUGAAGGGGACACUGCUUAUGCAGUUUAUGACAAGUUUGUUGUAUUAGACGCCAGAAGUCGAUACAAAUUGCAUAUUGGAGCGUACAGAGGAACAGCAGGUGAUUCUCUGUCCUACCACGAAGGUCGGCCAUUCUCCACAAGGGACAGAGACAAUGACGUUGCUGUGACCAACUGUGCUCUGUCUUACAAGGGAGCCUGGUGGUACAAGAACUGCCACAGGGUAAAUCUGAAUGGGAGAUAUGGAGUUGAAAACCACAGCCAGGGCAUCAAUUGGUACCAUUGGAAGGGCCAUGAGCAUUCGAUUGAAUUUGUUGAAAUGAAAUUGAGACCGCAUACCUUCAGAGGCCUUCAGAGAAAGAAGAGAGCACAGAAAAAGCACUAAGUAACCAAACUAGCUGAAAACGUUAAAGGUUCAUAAUGUACAGAAACAUCAAUAAUUUAGCUCGCAUUCGAGUUAUUGGGUUAUAUGAGCCUCGCUAGGAAAGCUCUCUCACCUUACAUGGGUUUAGCUCCACUCAGUUUAAACACCAAAGAUAAUUUUGACAAUAAUUAACAUAGGUUGCUAUUGCUUUUAGGCUCAUAGCUUUAUAUAUGUUGCUCAGAGGGCAGGGGUGGGCCUUGUAUGUACAUCAUUACGCCUGCACAGACAUCAGAGUGUAUUGUCUAUGUUUCAUUCAUCAUGUUGGGGAUGUGUUGCUAUGGCAACAAGCUGACCAGUUGUUCUUAAAGAUUUAAUGUACAGAAGCUUCAUGUUCAACUAUCAAAUAUAUAAGCUGAACAUCUAGAUGUGGGUGCAGAGGUUUUACUUUGGAAACACGUUUGUGAUCUUUUACAGAAAGGGAGGUGUAAUUUGAGAAAGCAUAAACUGUUCCUUGCCAUUGAUUAGCAAUUUCAGGGUGCUGUAUUUUAAAAAUCAACCAAAUGUUGAUUCUGUUUAGGAAAGAACACAGCAAUGUAAAUACAAAAAACUAGGAGCCUUUACUCUUACAAAUUCCAUUUGUCCCCUUGAAUAGAAAAAAAUGCUCAGCAAAAUGCCUGUGAAUCACACAGAAUGAUACAGAAUUCCACACAACUCCUGUGAGUCAUUUUCUCAAAGAAGAUUACGUUUGGAUUGUUUAAAUAAUCACAACACAUCUUCCAUUUAUUUAAAUAGCAUGGCUUCUGUGCUGAAAUAAAAAGGGAAAAUAAUGAAACACUUUUCAGGAAUUCUAUUUUCAAAACAAAUGUAAAAUGUAAUAUUUUGUGUUUCAAGUAUCCACAACCAAAAGCAAAACAUUUCUUUUCCCCCUGAUUAUGGAAAGUCCUAACCAUGGAAAGACAUGAUCACUAAGUUAUACAGUACCACUACGACCAUGAUAUACGUUUGUAAAAUAAUGACUGUUUUUCACAGGAAUAAUUGCAAUGUAUGUUUUUGUGUACCCCUAAUUAAAAUAAAGUAAUGGUGUUUUAAUGAAUAAAGCUUGUAU